UCUGGGGGGUUCGUCUGGGAGGCGUCCCCAAUUUCAAUUCAGUUUGUUUGGCUUUAAUUUUGCGCUGCUAUUUUGUGUACUGGAGUUUCUUUGGUGCCUUUCUGUUUCUUUCUGCUUGGCAGAGGUUGGAGGCUGUUAGUUGUAUGAGCGGCACCUUGUCUCUCUCUCUCUCUAUUGAGGGAACAGGCCACUCACAUCUUGAUAAGUCUAUUGUUGAACUGCCGGUGGACUGGUUCUUCCAUCGCCAGCUCUUGUAGUUCACUUGGCAACGUUUCAUGUCCUACAUUAUUUCUCAGGUCAUGUCCUGCUGUGGAGGAUGGACUACGUUCUGGAUUUACCCUGGUGGAUUACUUGUGGCAUCUUGACCCGGUGUCAAACAUCGCGAUGAAGUUGAUUGGUAGCUGUCUUCUGGCCUUGGCCGUCCUUGGUUGCCUGGCCGAGGGUCAGUUCAUGAAGCCGCAGCAGCCACAGAAGCCUCAGCCGCCUACGCAACCCCUGCAGCCACAGAGACCCAAUAACCCUCCCCAAAAGCUCACGCCGCCAAAGCCUCAGCAGCCCCAGCAGCCCCAGCAGCCCCAGGUGCCUCAGCCCCAGAAACCUCACCAGCCUCAGAAACCUCACCAGCCUCAGCAGCCUCAGCAGCCUCAGACACCUCACCAGCCCAAGCAGCCCCAGCAGCCAACUGAGGUGUUUCACUCUUGUGAGGUGGAAGACAACAAGAAGAUUCAGUGUGGAGGUCCGAGCAUCUCUGCUGACGAAUGCAGUGCUAUUAACUGCUGCUUCGAUGGACGCAUGUGCUAUUAUGGCAAAGCAGUCACCCUUCAGUGCACCAAGGAUGGCCAGAUGAUUGUGGUCGUGGCCAGAGACGCCACGCUUCCCAACCUUGACCUGGAAUCCAUUACCUUCCUUGGAACCGGCCAACAGUGCAGCCCUGUGGGCACAACGUCUGCUUUCGCCAUCUACCAGUUCCCUGUCACAGGUUGUGGUACCAUCAUGACGGAUGAGUCUGGUGUCGUGGUCUAUGAAAACAGAAUGAGCUCCUUCUAUGAAGUUGCUAUUGGAGAGUUUGGGGCCAUCACCAGAGACAGUCACUAUGACUUGCUCGUCCAGUGUAGAUACAUUGGUGUCUCAGUUGAAGCCCUGGUUAUUGAGGUUGGUAAUGUGCCACCACCCCCUCCUGUGGCAGCUCCUGGUCCCUUUUUUGUGGAGCUCAGGUUGGGCAAUGGAGAGUGUACAGCCAAGGGAUGUGUGGAAGAGCAAGUGGCAUACACCUCCUUUUAUGGUAACAGUGAUUACCCUGUCACUAAGGUGCUCAGGGAUCCUGUGUACGUUGAGGUGAGAAUGCUGGAGAGAACGGACCCCAACAUUGUUUUGACUCUUGGACGCUGCUGGGCAACUGCUGACGCCUUCCCUCACAGCCUUCCUCAGUGGGACUUGCUCAUUGACGGAUGCCCGUACACUGACGAUCGCUACAUGACUGCUCUGAUUCCUGUGGGUCCAUCGUCAGGACUGAUGUACCCCACUCACCACAGCCGCUUUGUUUUCAAGAUGUUCACAUUUGUCUCUACGGGACCAUCUAAUCCCUCCAAAAAGGUGUCUGAUGAUGCACAGGUUAUGACACCUCUCAAGGAAAAGGUGUACAUCCACUGUGAUGCAGCUGUGUGCCAGCCCACACCUGGAAAUAACUGUGAACCAAGAUGCUUCAGAAGGAGGAGAUCUGUUGCAGCUGCAAGCCAGAAAACCCUCAGAGAAGAAAGCAAAGUGGUUAGCAGUCAGCAAGUUAUCUUUCUUAACAGCAGUGCUUAGUAGCAUCAUCCAGAUGCCUAAAAAUAAAAAGUAACUGAGUAUCAAAUGCAUGUUAAAGUGGCUGAAAGUAUCUUAAAACAACACUAUGUGGUAAUCCAACCGACACU